AUGGAAGCAAUACAAAAUUUAAUGAAUGAAAGGAGAAAAAGAUUUCAGUUUCAAAGUAAUAAGAAUGAACUUGAUUUUAAGUUUUAUCUGAUCCUUAAUCAUUCACAAAGAGUAACAGAUGACAUGAGAGGUAUGACAGAUAAAAUGUCUUACUUGUUUGAUUUAGGUACUGAUGGCGUCUGCUUGUCACCAAUUACGAGAUCACUAUAA